CUUUUCUCCCAGCCGCGGGAACCAGGAGUCCAGGAGCUCCGUGAGCGCCUGCGCAGAGGGCAGCAGCGGCACCGGCGAACCGCGGGGUGACCAGGGCGCAUGCGUAACAGGGCUUGACAGCGCGCGGAGGAAAAACCAGCAAGAAGGCGGCGGGAGAAGAUGGCGGUCCUGGGGCUGAAUUUGCAAUCUUUCUGACUAGGCUAGUCGAGUAACUGUUCGGGUCAUGGCAUCAAACUCAACUAAGUCUUUCCUGGCAGACGCCGGCUAUGGCGAACAGGAACUGGAUGCCAACUCUGCCCUUAUGGAAUUGGACAAAGGCCUAAGAUCUGGCAAACUUGGUGAACAGUGUGAAGCAGUUGUUCGCUUUCCCAGACUUUUUCAGAAGUAUCCAUUCCCUAUUCUUAUCAAUUCUGCAUUUCUAAAGUUAGCUGAUGUUUUCAGAGUUGGAAAUAAUUUCCUGAGGCUAUGUGUUCUUAAAGUUACCCAACAAAGUGAGAAACAUUUGGAGAAGAUUCUAAAUGUGGAUGAAUUUGUGAAGAGAAUUUUUUCUGUGAUUCAUAGUAAUGAUCCCGUGGCAAGAGCCAUCACACUCCGGAUGUUGGGAAGUCUGGCAUCAAUAAUUCCUGAGAGGAAGAAUGCUCAUCAUAGUAUUCGUCAGAGUUUAGAUUCACAUGAUAAUGUAGAAGUCGAAGCUGCUGUUUUUGCUGCCGCAAACUUCUCUGCACAGUCAAAGGAUUUUGCUGUAGGAAUCUGUAACAAAAUCAGUGAAAUGAUUCAAGGUUUAGCGACACCAGUAGACUUGAAGCUAAAAUUGAUACCCAUCCUACAGCACAUGCACCAUGAUGCAAUCCUGGCUUCCAGUGCUCGUCAGCUUUUACAACAGCUGGUCACAUCCUAUCCAUCCACCAAAAUGGUGAUUGUUUCUUUGCACACUUUCACUCUGCUUGCAGCUUCAUCUUUGGUUGAUACACCUAAGCAGAUUCAGCUUCUGUUGCAGUAUUUGAAGAAUGAUCCCAGGAAAGCAGUAAAGAGACUUGCUAUUCAAGAUUUGAAAUUACUUGCUAAUAAAACACCACAUACUUGGAGUAAGGAGAACAUUCAGGCACUUUGUGAGUGUGCCCUCCAGACUCCUUAUGACAGCUUAAAAUUAGGGAUGUUGUCUGUCCUUUCCACACUAUCAGGGACCAUCGCCAUCAAACAUUACUUCAGUAUAGUUCCAGGAAAUGUGAGUUCUUCUCCCAGAUCUUCUGAUUUAGUCAAACUAGCCCAAGAGUGCUGUUACCAUAAUAACAGGGGCAUUGCAGCUCAUGGAGUUAGAGUCCUAACUAAUAUAACUGUUUCUUGUCAAGAAAAGGAUCUUUUGGCACUGGAACAAGAUGCUGUCUUUGGCCUGGAAUCUCUACUGGUACUUUGCAGUCAAGAUGAUAGUCCAGGUGCUCAGGCCACUUUAAAGAUUGCUCUAAACUGUAUGGUGAAGUUGGCCAAGGGCAGGCCCCAUCUUAGUCAGUCAGUGGUUGAGACCUUGUUAACUCAGUUGCACAGUGCUCAGGAUGCUGACCGGAUUUUGAUGUGCCAUUGUCUGGCAGCCAUUGCCAUGCAGCUGCCGGUGCUGGGUGAUGGGAUGCUUGGUGACCUCAUGGAGCUAUACAAGGUGAUUGGACGAUCAGCCACAGACAAGCAACAAGAACUUCUGGUGAGUUUGGCUACUGUGAUUUUUGUAGCAAGUCAGAAGGCAUUAUCUGUGGAAGUGAAGGCAGUGAUUAAGCAGCAGCUUGAAAGUGUCUCCAAUGGAUGGACUGUAUACCGUAUUGCCAGACAGGCUUCCAGAAUGGGUAAUCAUGAUAUGGCCAAAGAGCUUUAUCAGAGUUUGCUGACUCAGGUUGCCUCAGAACACUUCUACUUCUGGCUAAAUAGUCUGAAGGAGUUCUCACAUGCAGAGCAGUGUCUCACUGGGUUGCAAGAGGAAAACUAUAGUUCAGCACUUUCUUGCAUUGCUGAGUCUUUAAAAUUCUAUCACAAAGGAAUUGCUUCCUUAACAGCAGCUAGCACACCACUGAAUCCUUUAAGCUUUCAAUGUGAAUUUGUAAAACUCAGGAUUGACCUUCUACAAGCCUUCUCUCAACUUAUCUGUACUUGUAAUAGCCUAAAGACAAGCCCCCCACCUGCAAUUGCCACAACAAUUGCCAUGACCCUAGGAAAUGACCUUCAGAGGUGUGGUCGAAUCUCCAAUCAGAUGAAACAGUCCAUGGAAGAAUUUCGGAGCCUUGCUUCUCGAUAUGGGGAUCUUUACCAGGCUUCUUUUGAUGCUGACUCAGCAACUUUGAGGAACGUCGAACUACAGCAGCAGAGCUGUUUACUGAUAUCUCAUGCGAUAGAAGCCCUGAUUUUGGAUCCAGAAUCAGCAAGUUUCCAGGAAUAUGGAUCUACUGGAACAGCCCAUGCUGAUAGUGAAUAUGAAAGAAGAAUGAUGUCUGUAUAUAAUCAUGUCUUGGAGGAGGUAGAAUCACUCAAUCGGAAAUAUACCCCUGUUUCUUAUAUGCAUACAGCAUGCCUCUGCAAUGCCAUCAUUGCUUUGCUGAAAGUUCCCCUUUCUUUCCAGAGAUAUUUUUUCCAGAAACUACAGUCUACAAGCAUCAAGCUUGCUCUGUCACCAUCACCCCGGAACCCUGCAGAGCCCAUUGCUGUCCAGAAUAACCAGCAGCUGGCGCUAAAGGUGGAGGGUGUGGUUCAGCACGGAUCUAAACCAGGACUCUUUCGCAAAAUUCAGUCUGUCUGUCUGAAUGUUUCUUCCACCCUGCAGAGUAAAUCCGGACAAGACUACAAGAUACUCAUUGACAACAUGACCAAUGAGAUGGAGCAAAGGGUUGAACCUCAUAAUGAUUACUUCAGUACUCAAUUUCUGUUGAACUUUGCUGUUCUUGGAACACACAACAUUACAGUGGAAUCUUCAGUGAAAGAUGCCAAUGGUAUAGUAUGGAAAACUGGUCCCAGAACUACCAUAUUUGUAAAAUCCCUGGAAGACCCUUAUUCCCAGCAAAUUCGCUUACAACAGCAGCAAGCCCAGCAGCCAUUACAGCAACAGCAGCAGCGCAAUGCCUACACACGGUUUUAACCAUGGGAUGAAUGCACUGCAAACUUCAAAGAGAUCAAUCACAUUGGCAGAAACAGUUUUUCAUAUGGAAUAAGUAUGGAAGUUGUAAUGUAGUUCA